GAACUGUGCCUCCUCGUUUCAUUGGUGAAGAAAAAAACAACAACGAAAAACUAUUCGGAAGUGUGAUUGGCUGUUGCUAGGAUCCCUCUCAAGGCCUUAUGGGCCCUAGCUACGGAAGCCGAGGAAGGCUGAGCGCCGGGUCUCAAGGAAGGUAGUAGCGGAAUCCCAGUUAGCUGUGGAGAGGCGGUAUGUCCGGUUCAAUGGCGACUGCGGAAGCUAGCGGCAACGAUGGGAAAGGGCAGGAGGUCGACACCUCAGCCACCUAUUACCGGUUGGAGGAGGUGGCGAAGCGCAACUCCUUGAAGGAACUGUGGCUUGUAAUCCAUGGGAGAGUCUACGAUGUCACCCGCUUCCUCAAUGAGCACCCUGGAGGAGAAGAGGUUCUGCUGGAACAAGCUGGUGUAGAUGCAAGUGAGAGCUUUGAAGAUGUAGGACACUCCUCUGAUGCCAGAGAAAUGCUAAAGCAGUACUAUAUUGGUGAUAUCCAUCCGAAUGAUCUUAAACCUGAAAAUGGUAGCAAGGACCCUUCAAAAAAUGAUACAUGCAAAAGUUACUGGGCAUAUUGGAUUUUACCCAUCGUAGGUGCUGUUCUCUUAGGUUUCCUGUACCGCUACUACACAUCGGAAAGCAAAUCCUCCUGAAGAGGCCUUGCUGAAGCCUGGAAAGCACAUCCACAUUGGAGUGAAAACUAGAGACUUGUUUGGGGGCUGCAGAAGUGCCCUCUCCUUGAAUCCUGCCAGUUGCAUUCUUCCCCCGUGGAGCCAAGACGGUUGGCCAGACAUCCACUGUAGAUCUGGGCCCAGUGUCCUCCAUUUCUCAGAGCCUUACUCCUAGAGUACCUGCUCACUGUUCUGUGUCAAACAUUUGCCAGUCUUUCUUCUCUUCACUGGUUUCCAUGAGUACCCUUAUAUUUCAGAACUUUCUGUUCAUAAUUACAGUUCAUAUGUUACAGUGACAUUGCUCUUUGGUAAAAAUGCCUGCUUUCCAAUACUUUGAUCGCACAUUAGACAUUCUUAACAGGGCGGCACUCUAGUAUUGAAGCCUUUCUUUUUCCAUUUUUCUUUUAAGUAAAUUUUUUUUUAAAUCAUUUAGGGCUAGGUGCGGGCAUGCCUAUAAUUCUAGCACUUUGGGAGGCCAAGGUAGGAAGAUCGCUUGAGGCCAGGAGUUUGACACCAGCCUAGGCAACGUAGCGAGACCCUCAUCUGUAUUUUUUUAAAAAUCUGAUUUAAUUCUGUUGUUUAUCAUAAGGGGUUUAAUUCCUGAAGUAAAGGUAUGUACUUAUGAAACUUAAAACUGCCAAAUGAUUUUUGUUCCUUUUAUGUGUGUGAUAAAACUACAAAGAAUGAUAUGGUCAUCUCCUCCCUUUCAAGCUAGGGCAGCAGGUAGCUCUUCCCACCCCCUGAGCCCAGCCCCUUCCCAAGUGGUGCUGGACAAAAAACUACAUUGCCCUUUUAUAUCAUGGGGCUGGAAAGGGAGGGAUGGAUUGGGCUGAUAGAACCCUGGUCAAUUCAGAGUAAUCUUUCUUUAGAAAAAUACUGAAAAGCACCACUUCAGGAUAGGCAUUUAGAGAAAGCACCAAAGCUUUCACUUUGGUUUGGCACCAGUUUCUAGCCAUCUGUUUUUUCUCCCUUAACUAUCUUUUAUUGGUAAAACAUAAAUGUAUAAUUAUGUCUAUAGAGCUUUACCAGGGAUUUUCCCUGCUUUUUGGUUUAUUGAUUAGCAAAUUUUUGAUUCUCCAUUUUCCAAAGAUGAAAGUCUCCAACUUGGCCUUCUGUUUGCCCCUGCAAGUAAAAUAACUUCCAUGUAAAAUGGUAUUUGAAAGUGAGAGCUCCUGACAAGAGACUGUUUUCCAUUUCAUCUGUAUUUUACCUCCAUGACUCCAACUUGUGGGUUUGUUCAGUUUUUCCAUGAGAAUAAAAUACUGGCAGUUUUUUUUC